AUGGCUGAAAUGCACACUCCAUAUUCUUCCUUGAAGAAACUGUUACAUGUAUUCAAUGGCUUCGUGGCUAUGUCUGGCAUGAUCCUCAUUUGCCUGGGCAUUGGUGUCAGGUGUAGAGGGGCUGCCCUGAUGAGGGUCCUUGGAUUGCCCUCCACGUACCUCCAUCACAUUGGCUACCUGUGCCUGGUAAUUGGGUGCAUCACAAUACUGCUUGGCAUUGCUGGCUGGUAUGGAGCUACUAAAGAAAGCAGAGGCACUCUCUUGUUUUGUUUCCUGUUCAUGGUUGUCAUUCUCAUCGUGGAAAUCAUGGUUGCCGCGGUGGUCCUCCUCUUCUUCCCAACUGUUCAAGAGGUGGCCUUGGAACACAACCUCGUGACCCUGAGGAAGAAUUACAGAGGUUACAAUGAACCAGAUGACUAUUCUACACAAUGGAAUGUGGUCAUGGAGAACCUUAAGUGCUGUGGGGUGAAUAACUACACAGAUUUUUCUGGCUCUUCCUUUGAAAUGACGACCGGCCACUCCUACCCCAGGGGCUGCUGUAAAUCCAUCGGAACCGCAGCCUGUGAUGGGCGCAACGUGUCCACCCAUGUCAUCUACCAAGAGGGCUGUUUCCCCAAGCUCCUGAAAAUAACCAAGACUCAGAGCUUCACCCUGAGUGGGGGCUCGCUGGGGGCAGCAAUAAUGCAGCUGCCGGGAAUUCUUGCCACCUUGCUGCUGUUCGUCAAGCUGGGCUGA